GGCUCUAUUUCGGUCGCCGUGAUACGUUAUUUCGGUCCGGCUUCUCAGGCUUUUCGCCACACCGUGCCACAGUUCGUAGAUUGUUCAACAGUAGCGUGGACAUGAGGGAGAUCGUGCACCUGCAGGCCGGUCAGUGCGGCAACCAGAUCGGCGCCAAGUUCUGGGAGAUCAUUUCCGAUGAGCAUGGCAUCGACCCUUCUGGCAUCUACCAUGGAGACAACGAACUCCAGCUGGAAAGGAUAGACGUCUACUACAACGAGGCUGCCAGAGGGAAAUAUGUUCCCAGAGCCAUUCUCGUGGACUUGGAGCCUGGAACGAUGGACUCGGUCCGGUCAGGACCCUUCGGACUCCUCUUCCGUCCAGACAAUUACGUGUUUGGCCAGAGUGGAGCUGGCAAUAACUGGGCCAAGGGUCACUACACCGAGGGGGCGGAGCUGGUGGAUUCCGUGUUGGACGUCCUCCGCAGAGAAGCUGAGAACUGUGACUGUUUACAAGGAUUCCAGCUGGCCCACUCUCUAGGCGGAGGCACUGGAUCCGGUAUGGGCACUUUGCUCAUUUCCAAGAUUCGGGAGGAGUACCCUGACCGCAUCAUGAACACGUUCAGCGUCGUGCCAUCCCCUAAGGUAUCAGACACGGUGGUGGAACCUUAUAACGCUACUCUGUCGGUGCACCAACUUGUGGAGAACACGGAUGAGACGUUCUGCAUUGACAACGAAGCUCUCUAUGACAUAUGCUUCCGAACGCUAAAACUCACAUCACCUACUUACGGAGAUCUCAACCACCUUGUAUCUGUAACCAUGUCUGGAGUGACCACCUGCCUUAGGUUCCCCGGACAGCUGAACGCAGACCUGAGGAAACUGGCCGUCAACAUGGUGCCGUUUCCAAGACUACAUUUCUUCAUGCCAGGAUUUGCUCCUCUUACUGCUCGAGGCAGUCAACAAUACCGAGCACUUUCCGUGCCAGAGUUGACUCAGCAGAUGUUCGACGCCAAAAACAUGAUGGCAGCUUGUGAUCCUAGACAUGGCAGAUACCUCACCGUGGCGGCGAUCUUCAGAGGCAUGAUGUCAAUGAAGGAAGUGGACGAGCAGAUGUUAAACGUGCAGAACAAAAAUUCUGGAUACUUUGUGGAAUGGAUUCCCAACAAUGUUAAAGUAGCCGUGUGCGAUAUUCCACCUCGUGGCCUGAAGAUGUCUGCGACGUUUAUAGGAAAUUCCACUGCUAUCCAAGAAAUAUUUAAAAGGAUCUCUGAGCAGUUCACUGCCAUGUUCCGGCGUAAGGCCUUCUUGCACUGGUAUACGGGAGAGGGGAUGGACGAGAUGGAGUUCACAGAGGCCGAAUCUAACAUGAAUGACCUUGUGUCCGAAUAUCAGCAGUAUCAGGAAGCAACAGCAGACGACGACGUAGAAUUUGAUGAGGAAGAAGGUGACGUACAACCUGAAGAAACUGAAUAGACUCUCAAACUUUGAUUUUUUUUAAACUUGUAAUAACUUUUUUCUGAAUAUUUGUUUUUAUAAAAUCAAUAAAUUUUAAAUCGUUAAA